CCUUUCCUCCCAGGUUGGUUCAGCCCCCGUGUACUCCGGGGCGGUGCUUAGCCGGCGCCAGAGCGACCCUCGACUUCGGAGAGGUAGUGCGGUUCCGUUGGGCGCUUCCUCUGCCUCGUCGGCCUCCUCACCCUCCGCGGGGACCCGAGACCUCGGUGUAUGCCCCACCCCUGACCCCGCUAGAGAUAUGUCCACCCCGGCUCGGCGGCGCCUCAUGCGGGACUUCAAGAGGUUGCAGGAGGAUCCUCCAGCUGGAGUCAGCGGGGCUCCGUCUGAGAACAACAUAAUGGUUUGGAACGCGGUCAUUUUUGGGCCUGAAGGGACCCCGUUUGAGGAUGGAACAUUUAAGCUUACAAUAGAAUUCACUGAAGAAUAUCCGAACAAACCACCUACGGUUAGAUUUGUCUCUAAGAUGUUUCAUCCAAAUGUCUAUGCAGAUGGUAGUAUAUGUCUGGACAUACUUCAGAACCGUUGGAGUCCAACCUAUGAUGUGUCUUCCAUUUUAACAUCCAUACAGUCUCUGUUGGAUGAACCCAAUCCCAACAGUCCAGCAAACAGCCAGGCUGCUCAGCUGUACCAGGAAAACAAGCGGGAAUAUGAAAAACGUGUUUCUGCAAUAGUAGAACAGAGCUGGCGCGAUUGUUGACCCGGGUGCAGCAAAAGAUGCUGGUUAUAAGAAAAAUAUAUAUUGAUGUGUUUGUCACCUUCCUAUUCCUUAAUGUCAUUAAUUUACUUUAUUAAAAGCGAAAUAGCUGUU